AUGUCUCUGCAUCAAUCCCAGAACGGCUGGCCAACACCAGGCGCCAGCCAGGGAAACGGAAUCAAGAUGAAUCAGCCUCCUUCCGAUGGCUCGUCGCGAUCCCAGAACGAUGCGACAUUGUUGAUGCCUGAGGCAUCAGACAACCACGACGAGGACCAUCGACGCGCCCAUUUCGCCAACCUCUUCCGCAAAACCGAUGCCAGGAUUGCCUCGCUCUUCUCCGAUGAUGGCGACAUCAAUCCGACUGCCAUCGAGUCCUUGAAGCGACCUCCGACCGCUGACGACUCCUUCAACCUGCCCCCGCCCACGACCGACCACGCACCCAUCCAGCCACCACCCCUGAAAAAAGCGAAACGUGUGAUUGAUGAAGAUGAUUAUGGAGACGACGACGAAGAUGAUGAGGAAGAAGAAAAUAACGCUGAGAGCGCCUCUGCGCCGCCAAAAUCCCAGACUGCUGCAAAUGCCGCCGCUGCCAAGACAUAUCUCUCCCCAUCCAAAUCCGGUAGCUCCCCUGUCCAGUCUGUCUCUUCUCCCGGCAAAAAUGGCGACAAGUCAAAAGAGGAUGGCUCGUCGCAAGACCAGGCCAGAUCGUCUGAAGAUGCGCGCAAGGAAUUGGAAGAGGCCCGCAAUGCAACCGAGGAGGCUGCCAAGCGCAGCUUUCACACACUCUUUUAUACCCUUGAGAAUGACCGUACCGCCAUGCUAGAGCAGCAGCAACUAGAAGAAUCCGAGAAACAGAUCCAAGCCGAGAUGGACAAGAACGGCGGCAGCUCAUCCAACGAAGGGGCCAGCCAGGGCCACGGAUCCCUCAGCAGCGCCAACCUCGGCGCAUCAAGCCUGACGCUGAAACAUCUCAUUGCCAGAAUAGACAUGAAGCGCAGUCAAGUCCAAGCGACCGAUCAGGAGCUGCGUAGUCUCAUGAAUGAGGUUAGGAAGAAUCGAUCAAAAUGGGCGAGCGAGGACAAUGUGGGCCAGGAGGAGCUUUAUGAGGCUUUGGAAAAGGUUCUCAGCGAAUUGAAGGCGCACACAGAGUACUCGACACCAUUCUUGCAGAAAGUGAGCAAGAGGGAUGCGCCAGACUACUAUAACGGUAGGCAGCACUUUACCCGCCCUAAAAGACUUACGCAAGCACUGAUCACCCCCACAGUCAUUAAGCAGCCAAUGGAUCUUGGCACCAUGACCAAGAAGCUUAAGCAGCUCCAGUACAAAUCGAAGGCCGAUUUUGUCGCCGAUCUCAGUCUGAUUUGGGAUAAUUGUCUCCGAUAUAACCAGAAUCUGAACAACCACCUCCCUCGCAUGGCCAACGGCAUGCGCAGGGAGGCCGACAAGCUCACCCCGCUAAUCCCUGACUUGGUCAUCAGACCUCGCGCCGAGGUUGAAGCCGAAGAACGUCGUAAGCAGAAUGGUGGCGAGGAUGAUGCAGGCGACGAUAGUGACGAUGAACCCAUCAUAUCCUCACGCGGUCGCAGCAGUGCCACCAAAGGAGCUACGAAGUCCAGAAAAGCGCCUUCAGAUCAGAAGGAAGGAACGCCAAAUAAUGACACCAAGCCUAUAUUGCAACUCAAUGGAAUCUUGGCCAAAACAGGCCGGGAAGGGUCUGAGAUGGGCGACGGCAGCAAUGGUUUCGGGACACCACCUGUCGGCUCCUUCACGCCCCUGGGCCAGCACGGUCAGUCCGGACUUGGCAGCAACGCUGAUGCCAUGGAGAUUGAUGGCCCCUCCUUGAGCGGCAUGGUUCUCGACCAUGCGCUCGGUGAGGCUGCCGAGCAAGAGAUCGAGGACGAGGAGUACAAGAUCUGGAAGCAAGUCACGAAAAAGGAUCGUGCUUUGGCUGCUCGGGAGCGCUACCAGCUGUUCAAAGGCAACAAGCUGAACGUCGACGAGCCAGCACUCCUGAGGACCAAGGCUGGCAUGCGGAGGGUUUUUCGAAGCCAAAAGCAGGCUGAGUCUGCUGGAAUCCUCACUGCAUCCGGCGGCGACUCAUCAGUCAUUGCUGCGAAAGACGCAGCGAAACCGGUGGAAACCCUUGCCGAGGGCAUGGAAGUUGAAGAAGAGCGGACUAUUCCUGACUAUUACGAGGUGAGCCAUCUUGUGCCAGAUGUCCCACCCAAGCUGCAAUGGGUCGAGGACGACGAGGGCCAAGUCAUCAACCAACAUGAAGAUGUCUUGCGAAUGGUACCGCGAGGCUUCUUCAUCGCCCCUCCGAGCAUUCUAACGAAGAAGUUCGACGCGAAUCUCCGGCAGCUACAGGAAACCAGGAAGGUUGUUUCGAAGAUUGGCGUCAUCAAGCAGAUGCAGAUCCAGUCACAGGUCUACGCGAAUCAGUUUCCCAAGUACGAGCCGGAGCCCUUCGUGGAAGCUGACAUCGAACCGCAUUUCGUGGCUGGCGAAGCACCUGUCUUGGCGCCUGGUGUUUGCAAAUCAGCACUGCAGCGUUCGGUGGCCAAAAUUUUCUACCAUGCUGGAUUUGAAGAGCUGCAGCCAUCUGCGCUGGAUGUGGUUGCUGACAUCGCCGGCGAUUAUUUCGAGAAACUCAUUCGCACCUUCAAUGUCUACCAGGAAGCCGAGAAGAAGAACGCCACGGGCGUAUAUGCGGAGCGUGGAGCCAAAUUUCAACCGCGCUUCACCCAAGAGGAGGUCAUCCUACACACACUCAACGAGAGCGGUCAUAGCCUUGAAACUUUGGAGGGCUACGCCAAAGAUGAUGUCGACAGACUUGGUACCAAGCUUGGAACAAUGCAUGAGCGCAUGAAGUCCCAUCUCGCGGACUUGCUUCGACCGGCGCUCAACGACGUCGGGCCAGACGGUGCUGGAGCAUUCAAGGACGGCAGUGAACAAUUCGUGGGAGGUGACUUUGCCGAGGAACUCGGUGAAGACUUCUUUGGCUUCAAAGCCCUUGGCCUUGACAGAGAGCUUGGUUUGGAGAUGAUGUCGGUGCCUCUGCAUCUACUCCAGACUCGUGUCCGGAACACGUUCCAGUCCCAGGCACAAACCGUCGACGCUGAGAUCCACGAUGUGUUUGAGCAGCUUCCACCUGCAGAGCCGGUCACGAAGGAUAAUAUCCAAGACCAGAUCGGGCUUGUCAAGAACUUCUUCCUCGCCAAGUUGCAUGCUAAUGGCGAUCAACCUUUGGUAGAGGACGAGGAUCUUCCUGUCAAGCAGAAGAGGCCUCGCCCUCGGCUUGGCGCCACUGGAAAGAUUGUGUCACCUCAGAAACGACCACCAAAGGAACAAAUCGCCCUGGCCAAGAAGAAGAAGAAGCUCGAGGCUGGCAAGGCCCAGAUCACCGAUCCGAAGCCCGGCGGUGCCAACUCAACACCCGAAAAAGGCAAGAAGCUGGGCAAGAACAUUCCCGCUCUCCCCAAUGGAGCUGCCAACUCCCUUCAGGCCCCUGCAAUGGAACGCGUCGACAGCUUGCAAAGUCAAGGUGCUGCGAGCAGCCCGCCUGGCGAUAUCAAGGAGGAAGCUGUUGGUAUGUUGAGCCCGGAGAGCAACGAACAGUAG